UUUCAGUCUUCCCCUGCCCCCCCCCUCUCUCUCUCUCUCUCUCUCUCUCUUACUGAGAGAAUGAGCUACUGAACCACCGGAACCCCAAAGCCUCUCCAUUCCACCGCCGUCACUCUAACCCUAAACCCGGGAAGAGGGGAGGGGAGUCCAGAUGUCUUUGUUUAUUGGCAAUCUCUCAGCUCGCUCACGCGGAGAUGACCUUCAGCGUGUGUUUAGGAAAUUUGGACAAUGUACAUUGAAUUUGAAAGAUCGCUUUGGGUUUGUAGUGUAUCGUUUCCCCCAGGAUGCUGAGAAAGCUUUAAGAGCGCUACAGGGUAGAUAUAUCUGUGGGGAGUCUUUGGCACUCACAUGGUCAAAUAAGCAGCCUAUUCCAUUACAGGGACGUCAAAGAGUUGUUAGAUCGUACAAGUUACAUGGGAGGCAUUCUGCCAGGGGAAGAAACUUUGCUGGUAGAAGAAUGAGUUCAAAUGACUUUGGAGAUUACAGGCCGGUUAUUAAGCAACCUGAUACUGAUGGUGAAAAGCUGAAUCCUGUGCUCAAUAGAGGCAAAGGUGACCAUAAAAAUUCCACCAACGAAGAUCAUGAUUUGAGGGACGGUCUGUUGGUUGAUGGUGUUACUCAUGUUGCCAAGCUGGUGGACACUGGCAAUCAGAUUGACAAUGAAGUGGAAUUUGACCGAUAUGAACCUUGCCAAAGUCAUGAAGGGGAAGAUCAACAUGGAAACCAUCAGAUGGGAUAUUCUGGUAGUGAUUUCAUUCCACAAAUACCUCAAGAAAAUGCAAGGACAGCAAAAGCCAGUGACACUACGUUGAACCGUUUUAAUGAUUUGAAAUCACGGAAUGGUUGCUUUAGCUGUGGGGAUUUGGGACACAAAAUCCGCGUCUGUCCCAGAAACUUCUCAUCUGGAAGAAAACCUACAGGGUUUGAACACAGGCAGGGUGAUGCUAUUGGUAAAAGAAGUAGAUUUCAACCUGAACAGGAAAGAUUUCGAUCCAGGUCAUCAGAGACUCAGUGCUUAAAUAAGGAUAAUGCUUCAGGGCACAGGAAGAGUAAAAGGACAAGUGAUUCAGGAAAGAGUCGAAGGUUGAUUAACAGUGGAAGAUCACCUGUAGCUGUUAGUAAGGAAACCGACGAGACAUAUAUGAAGGAUCAUGGAGGAAAGAAGAGAAGUAGAUGGGAAGGCACAUCUCCAAUAAGAAGUAGUGCUAAGGAAGCAAGGUCUGUUUCACCACUGCCUUAUUCUGAUUACCCUGCAUUAAAGUCUCGUGCAGCUUCUCAAUCAUCAAAGUCUGUGACAAGGUGCAGUAGAUCCAGAACUAGGUCAAAUUCAGUAUCUAUGAGGAGACAGUCCUUGUCAUCUGACUCAAGAUCCAGCUCAAAAUCAAUAAGUUCCAAGUCUAGGUCAAGGUCAAGCUCCUUUACUUCGUCCUCUGAAUCACUAAGCCGGUCAUCAUACAAGGAACAUGUAGAUCUUAAAUGCCCUGUGUAUAACACUACACCUCCCAAAUCGAAGGAGAAUCUGCUUGAAAAGAGACAGCCAAUAGGAAGUGAUGCCCAGAGGGUUCAAAAUCCAGAGUCUAAUGUUGCUGGGUGCUCAUCUCCAGAUGGUUCAAAGGGGAUGAUUGGGCCUGUAAACUUUGGUGGACUGGUAAUGGGGCAAACUCAACUUAAGGGGCCAGCUUCAGAAAUACACAUCAAUCACUGCAAUGGGUGUUCAACAUGCAUAUCAUCAGAGGAAAUGUGCAUGGUUUUAAAGCACUAUGGCAUGGAACUUCCAGAAGCAAGUGAAAGACACUUACGGAUAGAGGAGUAUUUUGGUUCUGCUCGCUUAUGGCCAUGGGAGAUUGUCUAUUACAGGAGGUUGAAAAAAGGCCUAGUUUCAGUUGAGAACUAUGCCAGGCGAGUUUCUCAGAAUGAAGAGUUUGACAUUGUUGAUAAGUAUGUCCGAAGCAGUAGUGGAUGGGGAGAAAUAGAUCGGGAAAACCCUUGAAAGGUUCACAAUUGACGUGCCGGAGUUAUUUUUGCUUAUGUAGGUAGUACUUGACAGCUCUCUAUCUUGAACUUCCACAAGCUGCAACUGGAGUGGAUUUCUCAUGAUGUUUUGAACAGGUGAUAUUUAUGAAUAUAUUCUCUAUUAUAAUUACUUAGUCCCCUACAGUGAAUUGUAUCGACUUUACAACUUCAUAGCUAUCUUCCCCAGUCAUUUGAAUGAUGCUGGUGGAUACCAAACAUUAUCUAGUAUAGAUUUUGGAAAGGGAUGCAAUCUUCCUGAUCUAGUGUGGCUUUCUCUAUUACUUAGAUUGUUUGUCAUGUGCAGUGCUUGUGACAUUUUUCACAUUCUCUACAACAACAAAAAAGGUAUGAUUA